AUGUACAGUGCCUUCAAAUUGUGCUUAUUUCUGGCAGUUGUGGCAGUAUCAGCAGCCGAACCACCUUCUGCCUAUAGGGGUUGGUAUUCUCACCCAGACAGUGGACCAUAUCAACCCUCAGGCUGGAGACCAUCAGGACCAGACUUCAGGCUUCCAGUUCCUCAAGCCCUGUACGGUUCUCCGCCUCAGGGAUAUCUUCCAGUUCCAGCCCAAGAAUAUGGACCGCCUCCUCCACAAGAAUAUGGUCCUCCUAGCACUGAAACACCGACGACUACCGAGCAAGAAAUGACCACUACCGAAGAAUUCACGACCACCGAAGCUGCAACCACUACAGAAGCUUACACCGAAGCUGAAAGUGCCAAUUCGGUUGAUGGUGAGGAACAGAGUCAAAAGUUGGUUCAGCCAGUGGAUCAGCAAGGAAUUUACUUCAUUUACCAUCCUAGUGGGCUGUUGCAAAGAGUGGAUUACAGUACUAGGGAGGAUACGGCUAAGAUGGCAUAUAGUGCCAAUUUCAAGUAUGAAAAUGUGGAACCUAUUUCUGGUCCCAUUUAUACUUAUGAUCCAAUGACCUUCGUGUUUAAAAGGUUGAACUGAGUUGUAAAGGUUAUUGAUAAUAAAAUGGUGUUUUAAUGUUA